AAGGGAGGGACAGACUUCUGUAUAAAUACCGAAGUGAGCUGGACACACGAGGACAGCGAGGAACCUGAGCAGCUUUCACCACAGAGAAGAAGACAUCUGCAAUGUCUCGGCCCAACGAUUUCCGCCUGAACGUGGACCUGAGGAGUUAUGAGAAUAACUCUGCUCAUCGGACUGCGGAUAUCGAUCGGAGGCGUUUGAUUGUGCGCCGGUGUCAGCCCUUCUACAUCACGGUGCAGUGCUCCGACUCUCAGCUGCUCCAGAACAAGCUGGAGCUGAUGCUGCACCUGGGUAGAAGAGAAGAGGUGGAGGUCAAAGUUCACACAGACCGUGGAGACGGAGGCAGGUGGUGGUUCGACCGGGAGAGGGUUCAGGAUGAGCUGCUGCUGACUCUGCGGAGUCCAUCAGACGCCAUCAUCGGCCGGUACUACCUGACCGUGACGAUGCUGUCGCCAGAAGGUCAAAUAAUCAAAGAGGUGAAAGGAAACAGCUUCCAUGUGCUGUUCAACCCGUGGUGCAAAGACGAUGUGGUUUACCUGGACGAUGACGCGCAGCUCCAGGAGUACGUCAUGAACGAAAAUGGGAUCAUUUUCUACGGAAGCUGGGAUUACAUCUCGAGACGUUACUGGAAUUAUGGCCAGUUUGAGGACUACGUCAUGGACAUCUGUCUGCAAAUACUGGAUAACUCCACCAAGGCUAGGGAGAACCCAAAGAGGGACAUUGAGAGAAGAUCCGAUCCGAUCUACAUCAGCAGGAUCAUCACAGCAAUGGUGAACGUCAACGAUGACAACGGGGUGUUGGAGGGGCGCUGGAGCUCACCGUACUAUGAUGGAGUCAUUCCUGUCUACUGGUCCGGCAGUGUGCCGAUCCUGCGGAAGUGGAGCAGGGAAAGAACCGGGGUUAAAUAUGGCCAGUGCUGGGUGUUUGCUGCAGUGGCGUGCACGGUUCUGCGCUGUCUGGGAAUCCCGACUCGCGUCAUCACCAACUUCUGCUCGGCCCACGACGUCGACGGAAACCUGGCUGUGGAUGUUUAUGAGAACUUUGACAGCACGAGUAAAGAAGACAGCACCUGGAAUUUCCACUGCUGGGUCGAGUCCUGGAUGAAGAGAAAUGAUCUCCCCAGAGGAAACGAUGGCUGGCAGAUUUUGGACCCAACACCUCAAGAACGAAGCGACGGUCUGUACUGCUGCGGCCCGUGUCCAGUGGUCGCCAUCAAGGAGGGAAAUCUGGGCAGUGAUGUGAAGUACGAUGCUCGGUUUAUAUUUGCCGAGGUGAACGCUGACCUCGUCUACUGGCUUGUCUUACCAGACAAUCGGAAGCAGAUGCUCAGCAUGGACACAAGAUAUGUGGGGAGCAAGAUCAGCACCAAAAGCAUCCACGGUGACAGGAGAGAAGAUGUGACUCUGUCCUACAAAUAUCCUGAAGGCUCUGAAAAAGAGAGAGCUGUGUAUGAGAGAGCGGGUCGUAGGGUGACCCAGCCGACUGAACUUAGCGACGACCCGGUUCGCCUGAAACUCAUCAUCAAACAUGCCAAGUGUGUGUUUGGAACUGACUUUGAUGUGAUUAUUGAGGUGAAGAACGAAGGAGGUGACGAGGCUCAGGUCAAGCUGACCAUGAGGGCCAUGGCUGUAACCUACAACUCUCUCCACCGGGGGGAGUGCCACAAGCAGAUAAGCAACGUGACCGUUCCAGCCAACCAAGUCCACAAACAGGUGCUGCGUUUGUACUACAAGGACUACGCCAGGUGUGUCUCGGAGCACUAUCUGAUCAGGGUGAAAGUUCUGGCCGACGUUCAGGGGCAGAACGUACCCUACAUGGCUGUGUCUAACAUCCACCUGAGCAAGCCUGAGCUCUCCAUACGGGUGAAUCAAAAACCGUACAUUUGGGAACAAGUGACCGCCAGCAUCUCCUUCACCAAUCCUCUGCCGGUCCCUCUGAGGGAUGGUGUGUUCACCGCAGAAGGAGCCGGCCUGCUGUCUGACACCCGGCUCCGCGUCGACGGAGUUAUCACUCCAGGCGAGAAGGUGACUGUGAAGAUCACGUUCUCACCCAGAAAGACCGGGGUGAAGAAGCUUCUGGUGGACUUCGACUCCGACAGGCUGAGGGACGUUAAAGGAGUUGCUGUGAUGGUGGUCUACAAGAGAAGGAGAAGCAACUCUCCUAUGUUCAGCGGAAUCGACUAAAGCCAGCUCAUCACACACCAAACUCACGUUCAGGUUUCCACCUGUUCAGAUGAUUCCUCCUUCAUUUAAUCUCUGAUUGAAACAACAGUAGUUAAAAAGGGCCGGCGUAACUAAAGGCCAGGAUUUCUCUAGUAACUGAUUUCAUUUUUUAUUUCUACAAUCAUGCAAAAGUUUUAAACCAGAAGAAAACAACUCAAAGAUCACAAGAAAAUCUGUCAGCUCUUAAAUAAAAACCUUGUUUCGCUUAGUUUUUCUGACCUAAGGGGGAAAAUGUUUAAAGGAAAUUUUUGCAAAUUUUUCAUGUUUUUAAAUCAUUUUCUUGAACCACUGUGUGCUAAAAUUACCCUUUACAGGUUUAAUAAAAGGCCAUCCAGAAUUUUCCACUUGCAACUUCAGAGUGUCAAGCCGCUCUGUUGGGACUAACCUGGUGCUGCAGUCUGCUUCCAGCAUGUUUGAGAUCAUGAAAACAGCUGAUUUGUUUGUAUUUUGUGACGACUCACUCCUGUAGACACUGAGGAAGGCCGGGAAAUAAUUCAGCUGUUAGAUUAAGGAGUUAAAAAGACGAACGCACAGCGAGGAGUUUUGGUUUCAGUUCUACAAAUGGACACUAGGGGGUGCUAAAAGCAAGCCAAAACAGUUAAAUUCCCCUUAAAAUGAUUUUCGGAAGCACUUUGGUGAAAAGGGAUCAGGUUGUGAAUUUCAGCCUGUGGGAACCCAUGCAGAACAACCUGUGGGUGCAUUUAAUGAAAAGACCCCAGAAAGUCUCUGGUUCAUGAAAACGAUGACUUUAUUACAUCUUUUGAUUUAAAAGUUACAUUUUACCUGCACUUGUAUUUUGAUUUGUGCACAAAAGUGAUCAAUACAAACAUGAUUUCAAUAAACAUUAUCCCUGAAUCAC